AAUGUGUGUGGUGCCGCCUUACCUUGCCCUACCUGCCGACCCCAUAGGCGAGAUAACAACGGAAAAAGUAAGACUGACUUUUUCUUCUCUGAAACUUGCGGCAUUUUUGCAUCUUUGCACACUCAGCUCUGAAAUUCGCGCGCUUCCGCAGCAAUUACAGAGUCUGAACUAAUACAGAGGACGAUUUUACCUGGCGAGACCUCUCUUUUUGUCACCUGGAAAUCAUGGCCCAUCAAAUGCAACUUCUACACGUGGGACGACUGGAUGAACGCACGGUCGAUGUGCUUUGUGGAGACGACCUUCCGUCAGUUGAAAAUUUGAUUCCACUGCCAAAGCUGGAACUACAACUGACCUUGCAAUUGAAUCGCCAAUCUCUCAAAAGUUCCUGGGGUAAGGUGCAGCUGGCUGAUGCCCUACACAAGUUCCUGAAAACUGUGGACCGUCGUCGUCCUGAUCAGAAGAAAGAAGAGACUCUGCCUCAGCUUCCUCCUCCUGAUGUGAACAAAAAUGUGCAGGCGCAGGCGGCUCCGAAAAAGCCGUCGGCGGCCAUCAUUUGCAUGGUCUGCAUCAACAAGCCAGUUGAGUACAUCUUCACCCAGUGCCUGCACGCCGGCGUGUGCUCCAUCUGCCGAGAAGGUCUGCUGGCCAAGGACAAGGUGCGCAAGCGAGACCUGAGGAAGACUGAAUGUCCUAUCUGCAGAGCCAAGCAUGAGGGCUCCCAAAUUCGGCGCCUCUUCGUCGUCAACCCUGAUCAAUGAUUGUUGAAUGAUGCCAAGAUUGAUAUGUCACGAGCUUUUAAAUUUUACAGAUUUUACCCUAUAGCAAGUGAUAUAUAAUAUUGGGCCAAUUGGCCAGUCUACUCAUUGCAACUUGAAACUGUCCAUAUUUCAUGUUCAUGCUCUACGUCAUAAAUUAUACUAUUUUACAGAUUUUAUAAUAUUGAAACAAAUCAAUUUGAAUGUAAAAAAUCAAAUCAAAGGAAUGAUGUUGAUGAAAAUUAUUUGAGCAGGUGGCCAAUAAUCAAUCCUUUUUGAACCUGUAUCUUUUUAUAGAGUAAAUAAAUUUGCAUAAAAUAUUUAA